GUUAUUUUUAAUAGGCUUAUCUCCCUUAGUUUAAAUUACGACAUAGCUAUUAGAUAGACUAGCUAUUGGGUAUUUGUCUUUUGAACGUUGAUGGUAUGAGGGUCCAUAUACAACGACAGAUGAUCACUGUUUUCCAAAUUUUAUCUGCUAGUAAAUCAAGCGCCGGAUGCUUCGGGACCACAUAUACACUUGCCCUAUCUGUCAAGCCAAGUGUACAAAUAGCAGUACAGAAAACAAAUAGGUUCUCCACUUUGCUGUCCACUUUCAAGUCCAAAACAGGAGCUGCAGGUGCUAAACAAUCACAGACCAGUGAGCAACCAAUUGCUACCAUGGCAACAGAAAAAGUGGAGGCAGUUGUCUGUAAUGUCAAUGACCUCAAGUCUGGGGAGAUGAAGGAGGUGGAUGUGGGUGGGGUGGGGACAGCCCUGCUGGUACGGGAAGGGGACAUCUUCUACGCCAUAGGACCUAAGUGCUCACACUAUGGGGCACCACUCUCCAAAGGUGUCCUCUGUAAUGGAAGGGUUCGUUGUCCAUGGCAUGGUGCAUGUUUUAACGUGAAAAAUGGCGAUAUUGAAGAGUUCCCUGGCCUUGACAGUGUCCCUUCAUAUAAGGUUGAGGUGACAGAGGGCAAGGUCAAAGUGCGAGCCGACAAGUUAUCUCUAACCAAUGUAAAGCGUCAGAGGGCCAUGUGUAAGGCAUCGCCUGGCAACAAGAGUGUGCUAAUCAUCGGUGGUGGCCCGGCGUCAGUCAUGUGUGCAGAGACACUGCGCCAGGAAGGAUUCCAGGGGGAGAUAACCAUUGUUACUCGAGAGAAGUACCUGCCAUAUGAUCGCAUUAAACUUAGCAAGGCCAUGGACAUUAAACCCGAUGCCAUUGCUCUACGAACUGCUGACUAUUACAAAAACCACGACAUUUCAGUCAAACUUGGGACAGAGGUUACACAUGUUAGUACAUCUGAGAAGUUGGUGAAAUGUGCAGAUGGAUCGUCAGCUAAAUAUGACAAGCUUGUGAUUGCAACAGGUGGACAGCCGCGAGUGCUGCCUACCCCAGGUGUAGACCUGGAGAACGUUUAUUCUCUACGUACACCUGAUGACGCCAACAGCAUUGCUGCAGCAGCUAAAGGGAAACAUGUGGUCAUCAUAGGGUCUUCUUUCAUUGGCAUGGAAGUGGCAGCAUACCUUGCUGAUAAGGCUGCUAGCCUGUCUGUUGUGGACAUUGUCAAAGUGCCUUUCCAACUCACACUAGGGGACAAAGUGGGCUCUGUUCUGCAGAAGAUGCAUGAAGAGAAUGGUGUGAAGUUUCAUUUUGAGGCAGGAAUCAAGGAGUUUAUUGGAGAGGCAGGCAAGCUAAAGGAAGCUGUGCUCACAACAGGGGUGAGACUGCCAGCUGACCUGGCCAUCCUGGGAGUAGGAGUGGUACCAGCUACUAGUUUUCUAAAGGAUUCAGGAAUCAAAAUGACUGACCGAGGCUUUGUGCCAGUAGACGAGACUAUGGCUACCAGCGUUGCAGACGUCUAUGCAGCAGGAGAUAUUGUGGAGUUUCCACUCUUCAGUGCUGGAGAUAGAAACGUCAAUGUGCAGCAUUGGCAGAUGGCACACGCUCAUGGACGUACUGCUGCUCUAAGUAUUUUAGGCAGACCCACCCCUAUCCGUAGUGUUCCAUUCUUCUGGACCGUUAUGUAUGGCAAGUCUGUACGAUACACAGGUUAUGGACCUGGCUAUGAUGAUGUUAUUGUGCAUGGUGAUCUGGAGGACUACAAGUUUGCUGCAUUCUAUACAAAGGGCAAUGAUGUUGUGGCAGCGGCUAGUUUGAACUUUGACCCUUUAGUUUCCCAAGUAGCAGAAAUGUUCCAGGCUGGCAAAACCAUUUCAAAAGAUGAAAUUAAGAAGGACCCAAAAUCCUGGCUUGCAAGGCUUUGAAGUGUUUGACCAAAACACAUGGGAGGAAAAAAGUGUAUUGUGACUUGUUGUUGACCUGGAUGAUGUUGGUAUAUUUUAGUCAGUUGAAUAUAAAUUUAUGUAGAAAUUACAAGACAUAAUUAUUGGUUACUUUUAUAUUUAAUGUUUAUUGGUUACUUUUAUGUUAAAUGUUUAAGUCCCUGUAAGAAAACAAUAGGGGAUAUUAUAGGAACACCCUUCAGCAGUUUUUCACUUGAUCAGUCUGCCAGUCCAUCAGUUGGUCUGUAACACAUGAUUGCCUUCUCCGUAUACUUCACUUCAUCAGUCUGCCAGUCCAUCAGUUGGUCUGUAACACAUGAUUGCCUUCUUCAUAUACUUCACUUCAUCAGUCUGCCAGUCCAUCAGUUGGUCUGUAACACAUGAUUGCCUUCUCCGUAUACUUCACUACCCUAUGAGGGAUUUUUAUUUUAAUUUGCUUAAAAUAUUAAACGCAUUUUGACGAUUGACAACAGCCAUGCAUCAGUCAUGCCUGCUCAAGCACUAAGAUUUGAGCCGUCUGUUUUAAUUUCUGCCUCAUACAUCCCUUACCCUUUUAUGAUGAGCAGACGUCAGUUUUGCUGUCUCAAAAUCAAGGUAACUCCUUCAAGGUCAACCAACAUCAAUUUCAUAAAUUACUUCAUACUUCAAGGAAUAAGUUGACAGAACAAAUACACUCUUUAAUAGAUAAUGUAUGAAACUGCAUAGAGAAAAAUGGUAACAUCCUUGAUAAUUGUACCUUUCACAGGCCAUUCAGAGACGACACUUUCCACAUCAAUUAUAGUGUUGUUCACAUGUAGAAACUCUAGCCAGAGAUAAGCUUAUGCUGACAUGAAUAAUUCCUAUGCAAUCUCUGUAUAUGCAAAAGUGUUGUGAGCUGAUAAUGUUAUAAAACAUGAUCAUAGUUAAUACAAUUAAAAAAAAUAAGUUUGCAAAAAGAAGCCUCAUCGUGUCAAAUUGCCUGUAUUUAGUUUCCUAUUUAUUUGAUAGAGUUGGUCAAGAACAUUUGUGUGAAUUGCUUUUUUUCUAAACAGAUAUUUAUCAAUGCUGUAAAGUAGUUUAAAAUGUAUAGAUUUAAUAUUUGUAAAAGCAAUAUAUUUCAUUUAACAGAACAUAAUUGAAAAUUAUUUGUUAUUGUUUUGAGUAUAUAUGCUAUAAAAAUAUAAUACAUUAAUCUUACUAUA